GAAAAAUGGGGGGGCUUCCAUUUUACGACACAGAGAAGGUCCCGCUGGCCACCAGGAGGAGGCAGCUGUUCUGGAGAGCCAUUCCGGAGGGCAGUGGAAUGGAGGCUUCCCCUUCGCCGGGCAGCCAAACCCCUCUUCCAGAUCAUCCCAGCCUUUCCUUACUAUGUGACGAAGAAGAAAUGGUGUUCGUUCAGUUGCCUGGUCAGGGCCCACUGACUUUUGAGGAGGUGGCUGUGUUUUUCACAGAGGAGGAGUGGGCUCUGCUGGAUCCAGGCCAAAGAGCCCUGCAUUGGGAGGUCACGAUGGAGAAUUAUGGGAACUUGGUCUCUCUGCGUAAUAGGCCAGAAUAAUGAGAAUAAUGGUGAGGUAUCCAUGGUGACAUCAGAGAAUGAAGCAUGGAAAGAGAUGUUUGCCAAUCAAGAAGCACCCCAAAAGUCAAUGAAUGGGGAAGAGAGAUCCUCCACAACUCCGGACAUUGAUGUCCGUCUAACUCUGAUUCACAGGAUCAGAAGGAACAGCAGGAAGACCUGUCCAGUACGUGGUGAACCGUAUAAGUAUCAAUCACAAUCUAAUACAUGUUACGGCAUCCACACAGAGGAGAAAGCAUAUAAAUGUUUAGAAUGUGGAAAGAGCUUCAGUCGCGGUGGGGAUCUAAAUGUGCACCAAAGAACUCACACAGGGGAGAAACCAUUUACAUGCAUGGAGGGUGGACAGAGCUUCAGUCGACGUGACCAUCUUACUUUACAUCAGAGAACCCCACACAGGGAGAAACCGUUUAAAUGUAUGGUAUGUGAAAAGAGUUUCAAACAUGGUAAAAGCCUUACUGCGCAUCAAAGAACACACACAUGGAAUAAAUCGUUUAUAUGCAUUGAGUGUGGGAAAAGCUUCCGUGAGACUGGUGACCUUACUGAGCACCAGAGAACCCACACAGGAGUGAACCGUACAAAUGUAUGGAGUGUGGAAAGAGCUUUAGCCAGAGCGGAGGCCUUGCUGCACAUCGAAGAACGACACGUGGGCAAAACCGUUUAAAUGCAUGGAGUGUGGCAGAGCUUCCAUAGGAACAUGUGACCUAACUGUGCAUCAUAGAACCCACACAGGAGUGAAACCUCACAAGUGCAUGGAGUGUGGAAAGAGCUUUUGCCAGAGUGGAGGCCUUGCUGCACACGCGGAGACACCCCACACAGGGGAAAAACCCUUUAAAUGUUUGGAGUGUGGAAAAAGCUUUAGUCGCAAUUACCACCUUACUUACACAAAAGAAACCCCACCAAGGAAG